AUGUGUCACGGUCACGGUUUCGUGUUGGUGCCACAAGAUGCAGAGAAGAUCGACAGUAUCUCCACAGCCAUGAACGCAUCUAAAUCAGAAACGACAGAUGGAAUUCGAGGCUUCCAGAAAGUCGACACGCCGAAUAAGGUGAUGAUAGAGAGUAUAUCCGUGUUGUCCCGAGAUCUAUUUGACAGAAAAGUCGAAUCUCCACCAGAGUCCCAUUGGAUCCGAUCACCCAGCAUACCCACCAGUGGAAAGAAAAAGGGGAGAGAAGAAAAUAGACUGUUUGAAGAGAAAAAGAAAAAGAAAAAAAAGGAGAUGUCUGAGAGUGUUCCGGGCAUCCCCCGUGACACACUCAACAGACCCAGCCAGGAUCACUUCACCGCAGGCGAGCACUGGUGA